AUGUUCACCAGCAGCCCCACAACAAUAAUAUCGAGAACCACACAAAAACAAUUCUACAAAACAACAUUCAAAUCAUGGCUCACCUCUUCCCCAUGUUUACUUCUCGACUUUCGUCCUUGGUCAAUGCAUCUGCGUCGACACAUCAUCCCUUCAACUUGUAUUCCGUAUACAGAACUAGAACAACAUUGGUACGAGUUACCACCGAAACAAAUACCAUUCGCCGUGUUGGAACCGACUGAUGCGCAAGGAGUGACGAAGAAAAUGUUAAUUGAUAAUGGGUGGAGUGUGCCUUGGAUUUUUGUUAUUCAAGAGGAAAAAGACUUUAUUAAUGGUAAUGGUGGUGGUGAUGAAAAGAAGCGAGACAAAGGAGAAGAGGAAAUACUUUGGAGUGUUGCUUGUGAAUUUGACGUUCUCGAAGAAAUAGAUACAGAAACAAUUUCCAAUCUUGAAUCUUUUUCUAGUCCGUUUAUUAAACGAUGGACAUUAUUUCAACCAAACCCAUUUUUAAAAGAAAACAUAAAAACGAUAGAACAAACACUUUUAUCUGACUUUCCUCCUUCCUUUGCUGCUCCUCCGUUUGAUUCCUCUUGUUCUCUUUCGAAUCCUGUCUCUUUGAGAACUUUACAUUGCUUAGAUAUUGGUUGCGGAAGUGGUCGAGACACUGUAUGGCUUUGUUCUUCUCGUAAAACUUCCGCACAUCAUUGGCACGUAACAGCACUAGAUAACUGGCCUUCUGCUCUUGCACGUACGAAAAAACUUGCAACUGGAUUAGGCGUCAUACAAAACAUCGAUAUUGUGUGUGCUAAAGUGAUGCCCGAUGGGACAAUCAAGAAAAUCAGGAAUUCUGGUAGUAGUCAUAAAAUCAGUGAUCAUAAAAAUAAUCAUGAUGGUAACAAGGAAAAUAAUUAUCAAAAAUCUUACGACCUACUUCUAACACUUCGUUUUCUAUCACGAGAAUUCUUCCCCACAAUCCCUUCGCAUAUUAAACCUGGCGGAUUUUUGAUGAUCAGUACAUUUGUUAAUGACGGUACACAUGAAUUCUCGCAACCAAAGAGUCCUGCGCAUCGAUUAGAACCCGGAGAAUUGGCUACAGUCUUUUCAAAAGACUUUGAGAUACUGGUGGAUAGGAUCGAAGUUAUUUCAGAUGGAAGACCGGUUAAUUCGUUUUUGGCUAGACGGAAAAAAUCAUAA